AUGGCCAGCGACUACACUACAACGAGAAAGAAAUCGAAUGGUAUUGUGGGCUGCGCUUGUCGUGUCUGGAACGAUCUGUUUCCUCGUCGCCAUCACAUCGAAUUUCGCCCCCGCCUUCGAGACGGCGUAUGGAUUCAAACCCUGGCAAUCUGGUCUCUGCUUCGUUGCAGCACUUGUUGGGCCUUUCAUUGGAAUAUAUCCGGGGGUCAUCUCUCCGACCGGAUAGCCGACAUCCAGACACAGCCCAAUGGAGGCGUUCGCGAGCCUGAGAUGCGAUUACCUGUAAUCCUUGUGAAUGUCGUUACGGCACCGCUCGCACUCGUGUUAUACGGCGUGGGAUUGAAGUACAGGCUCCACUGGAUCUGUCUCACAAUUGCUCUCGGUUUGAAUAAAUCCAUCUCGGGCCUGUUGCUCGAUCUUUUCUAA